AUGGAUGCAGCGGAAGUGCCGGAGGUCUCGGAGAGACAGAGUUUCGCGCGGUCCAUCUCUUCCGCCUCUGAAGUCGAAUUUGACUCUGUGGUUGGAUCUACCGACGAUGUCAUCAUGGAUGCCAAGUCCCAGGUCCUGCAGAGAAAUUUCAUGGGCAAAUACUACCAGGAGUUUGAAGACACAGAAGAGAAUAAACUCGCCUACACACCCAUUUUUAAAGAAUUCUACCUUUCUUUGGUAGAAAAGUAUAUUGAAGAACAGCUGCUGGAGCAGAUUCUGGGAUUCAACAUGGCGGCUUGCACAACGUUGAAACACGUUAAAGAUGAAGUGGCUGAUGACAUAUUCAACAUGCUCCUCACAUUUGUAGACUUUGUGCCAUUCAAAGAGCUGUUUCUGGACGACAGAGGAGAAAAAGAAGGCCGAGGACUGGACUUAAGCAGUGGUGUAGCGGUGACUUCGUUGUGCAAAUCAUCUUCUGUGCCAGCUUCCCAGAACAGUCAGCAGCAUUAG